CGGGGCCCGGAAGGGGCGGCCGGGCUGGCGCCGGUGCGAGCGCCGCGCUGGGGCUGCGGCAGCGGCGGGGCAGCGGCGGCAUGAGCCGUGCGGAGUGAGCGCAGCCCCGCCUGACGCCCCGCGCCGCCCGCCUCCGCUCUGGCUUCGGGCCCCUUCUCUCUGCGCUGCGGCGGGCGGAGGCGGCGGAAGGAGAAGCCCAUGGAGGGGAACCGGGACGAGGCCGAGAAGUGCAUCGGGAUCGCGCGGGAGGCGCUGGAGGCCGGGAACCGCGACCGCGCCCUCCGCUUCCUGGGCAAGGCGCAGAAGCUCUACCCGACCGAGACGGCCCGAGUUUUGUUGGAAGCUAUUACGAAGAAUGGAAGUACUGCUGGGGGAGGCGCUUACUGCCGAAAACCAGCCAGUAACAGUGAUCAAAGUAAGCCCAAUAGCACGAAGGAGAGCAAUGCAUCUGCUGCAGGUGAAAGUGGAAAAGGCUACAACAAAGACCAAAUGGAAGGAGUAUUAAGUAUAAAGAAAUGUAAAAAUUAUUACGAAGUCCUUGGAGUGUCAAAGGAUGCAGGUGAAGAAGACCUAAAGAAGGCUUAUAGAAAACUUGCUUUGAAAUUCCACCCAGACAAAAACCAUGCACCUGGAGCAACAGAGGCUUUUAAAAAAAUUGGAAAUGCGUAUGCUGUGCUGAGUAAUCCCGAGAAACGAAAGCAGUAUGACCUUACAGGCAGCGAAGAGCAAACGUGCAAUCACCCUAGCAAUGGCAGAUUCAACUUCCAUAGAGGUUGUGAGGCAGAUAUUACUCCAGAGGAUCUGUUCAACAUGUUUUUUGGAGGGGCCUUUCCAACAGGUAGUGUACACUCAUUUUCUAAUGGUCGUGCUGGCUACAGCCAUCCAAACCAGCACCGUCAGAGUGGGCACGAGAGGGAGGAAGAGAGGGGUGAUGGAGGUUUCUCUAUGGUCAUUCAGCUGAUGCCUAUAAUUGUGUUGAUCUUUGUCUCCUUGUUGAGCCAGUUGAUGGUAUCUAACCCUCCUUACGCCUUAUACCCAAGAUCAAGUACAGGGCAGACCAUAAAAAUGCAGACAGAAAAUUUGGGUGUCAUUUAUUAUGUCAAUAAGGACUUUAGAAAUGAAUACAAAGGAGUGUCAUUACAGAAAGUGGAAAAGAGUGUGGAAGAAGAUUAUGUAUCCAACAUUCGUAAUAACUGUUGGAAGGAGAGGCAACAAAAAACAGACUUACUUUAUGCAGCAAAAGUAUAUCGAGACGACCGCCUCCGAAAGAAAGCAGAGUCCAUGUCCAUGGAGAACUGCAAAGAGCUAGAACGGCUGACCAGCCUCUACCGGGGAGGAUGAGCUACAGUUACACACACAUCUUACCUAUGCUGUUAUCUCUCCUGCAACUGAGAAGAGAUUUAGUUUCACCAUGGAUGCUGGAAAAGAGGGUGGAUGUAAAACUCUACUGUGUAGCUGUUUCCAGAAACCUUAUGCUGAAAUAUCAUUUAACGGCUUCUUUACCUACUGUGAAAUAUAGGUAACUUUAAUUGUUUAGAUUUUACUUCAAAGCUUCUGUGAAUUCUUUCAGCAGAGAGAAUAGCUCAGAAAGGAUGCUAUACUUGUAGAGACUUAGUCAUAGUGGUUCUCCUCUAACAUAUUUGCCAUGUAAAUAUCUGUGGAAAGAACUCUUUGUGUAUAUAUGAGUUAAAUGACUUUCUAUUUAAAAAUCUCAGAAAUUUAGUUCCAUACUACAUUUUGUCUCACUGAUGGAAUAAAUAGUAUGAUUACAUCACUCCUAUUCAGAUGUCAAGUGUGUGGAGUUGAAACAAUAAUUUUUAAUAUUUUAUCUCUAACUCUAUGUAAAAUCUUCUAGGUUUACUGCUUAGAGGAACUUGGUAUUUUUAAAUAUAAUGGCAUAUAUUCCUAAAUAUCUGUUUGGGUUAAUUGAUCUGGUGUAGAGUAGCAGUUUAGCUGUUGUAGUUUUUUUAGCAUUUCUAAGCAAUGCUGAGAAAAAUAAGAACUACACUAAUCUCUUUUCAAAGUAAAUAUUUGCAAAUGCUGUACAGACCAUUACAAACAUUGCUUUUAGUACUUGCAACAGUUUACAGCAGCUCUGCCAUUUGGUAUUCCAGUAGUAGUAAGUCCAUACGUAUGGUUAACAUGCAUCCAUAGCUUCCUUAAUUUUCACUGGGAAGGUAGAGGAAAACAUGCAACAGUAAAAUAAAAAGGCAACCAAUUUUUUUUUUUUCCCUGGCAGGCUUCCAUUUUCUUACUACUUUUUUAUUUCAAGCUAGGUCCCAAUACUGAUUCCUCAAUUGGCACUGCAAGUGGAACAGGGAGAUUUUGCUAAGGACAAGCUAUGUGCCUUCCAACCCUUUUGCCAACUGUUUAAAUGCUUUGCUGCUUUGCAGUGUGCUCCUAUGGUCAGAGCCCUACCACUUGUCAGAAGAGGUAGGGUAUGUGUUUUUUGGGACCAGAAUGUAGCUGGACUGACUUUGUAGAAAUGAGCAAGCCUACUGUUUGGCUCCUACACAGAAGAUCAUGUAACUCAGUGGCCUGGAAAUGGAAACUAUAUGUAGCCACACCUGCUGAUGCAAAGAGGUGUUCUGAAGCAGCUAAGUACAAUGUACUUAAAGUUUAUCAAAGUAUGUUGAAAAUGUUUUUAGGUUCAGUAGCUGAUGUUUUUUACAUUUUAAUAGUGUUAUGCAGGGGAAUGUUUCUUGUAUUUGAGAAUGCCAGAUAGCUUGUAUUAUGGGCAAUAUAUUUUGGUUGAGAAAACUGCUAUCUUUGAAUAAUACUAUCAGUUUGUGUGGAGCCAAAUAUUUCUCCUAAACUGAAAAUUUAAAUACUUUAUCUGACUUCAUUGCAAUUUCUUCUGAUCUACAGCAGGAUAUGACUUCAGAAAUACACUAAAUGCUAUUAUCCCAAGUGACCCAGAAAACAUUUUGCAUAUAUCCCUUUUCCAAAUUGUCCCAGUGGAAAUGUCUUCUCUUGAAUUGGUGUAACAUGAGACUGGCUGCAGGCUUUUAACCGAGCAGCUAAACCAGCAUGCAAGGUGGACAUAAAAUACUGGGGCACAAAACAGAACUAAAAGUUGCUAAAACGACAAAAAAAGGGUUGCUGUACUGAAUGUCCUUGCUAAGACUAUAGUCAAAGGGUUCAGAUGUAAUGGAAAGGCAUCCAGUUGUUUGAAAUAUGCAAUCAAAAACUAUGGAGAAAACCAGAUUCCCCAGAUUUUGUAACUGUCCAGAAUGUAUUGUAAUUAUAUCAAUGAAAACAAACUAUCAAAGUA